UCCUUUGAACCUGGCACUGAAUACACCAUACGCACCACUCAGGUUGUGUAUUAAUGUCUCAGGUGAAGAUGGCUGCUAACUCUGCACAUGUUACUGGUGAAGAGCAGAUGAUGGAGUAUUUUAAACAGCAGAGUUUACUCCUGAAGGAGAAAUCCAUGCUGCACGCAUCAGUGAGGGAGGAGAAGAAGCUGCUGAUUGAAAAUGCCAAACUGAAGAAAGACAUCGAUGAUCUGAAGAAACGUCUGCACGACACACAGAGGAAGAAAUCAGUAAAGCUGCAUCAGGAGAGAGUUCUGACUUCAACAAUCGCAUCUAAAACUAAACUGCUGCAGGAUAUUACCCCUUCAUCAUCACAAACUGCCCCUUCAUCCACCCGCUCCACUGGACCUAGAUCAGACACGACACACACUCAUCCUGAGGGGCGAUGGAGAAGAGAGAGGAGAGGUUCUGCGGUUCUGAAGGGUUCUGACUCAUUAGGGGGUUUGAUGCGAGAACAGAGAACUGACGUGUCACGGCUGAACCUGCGGGUCGGACGGAUUGUGACAGUCCGGAAACAUCCCGAUUCAGCGUCACUGUACAUCCAGGAGGUGGAGAUAGGAGAACCCGCCCCCAGAACUGUGGUCAGCGAACUGACCAAUCAUACGCCUCCAGAAGAGAUGAUGGGCUCUCUGGUGGUUUUGUUGUGUAACGUGCGGGCGAUGAAAGUACGAGGUGUUCAGUCACAGGCCCGCCUCAUCUUUGCUGUCAAUCAAGAGAAGAUAAACCCUUUAGCCCCGCCCACUGGUGCCCAGCCUGGUGAUAGAGUCACUUUCCAGAACUACCCUGGUGAACCCGAGAAAGAGUUGAAUCCAAAACACAGAAUCUGGGAGCGUUUACUGCCCGACCUGUGCACAGAUGUGAAGGGUGUGGCCACGUAUAAGGGCGUGGCUUUUGAAGUCCGUGGGAAGGGCCUCUGUCGGGCCCCGGGCAUCAACAAUGGCACAAUCAAAUAAAUGACAAGCUCAUCACCAGACUAAUGCUGUAAUUUAUGACAUUGAAAUCCCGCCCAGAAUUGAUCCAAAUUUAAAUGUGUUGAUAUGUUUAAAGCUUGUAGUGAACUUGUUUACACAGUAAAACAAGAGUGAAGGUAAUAAUGCAGCAUAUUAUCUGAUAUAUUUAAUCUUAAAUAAUCGAUCAUGCAGAUAUUUUUCUGUUUUUGGUGUCUGGGUGCAUGUAAUACAUGAAAAGGCUUUGUAUGACUGUUGUGACAACUGUUUUAAAUUGUUCAAAGCAGUUUAAAAAAUAUUAAUAUGACGAUAUGAAGACCUUAUAAAAUACUUUAAAUAAGAUUUUAAAUUAAAAUAUUUAAUAUUAAUCAGUUUCUAAAGGAUUUUGGCACAAUAAAACCAACACAAUUAUGUUAACAUAUUCCCAAAGUGUAUUAUUAUAAUAUAUAAU